GUGAUUUUGAGAAUGGCCUUUGUACAUGGAAGAAUAUGAAAGGAGAUAAGUUUGAUUGGACACAAGGUUCAGGAAAGACCAGAAGUUCCAAGACCGGUCCACCUUCUGAUCAUACACUCAGUAAUAAUAAGGGUCAUUAUAUGUUUAUUGAGACAUCAGCACCUCAGCAUCCUGGAUAUUUUGCCUGGUUGGUCAGUGAAACCUUCUCACCCAAUCCGUCCAAUCCUCGCUGUAUAAGUUUCUGGUAUUUUAUGUAUGGUGCUACUGUCGACACACUCAAUGUAAAAUUAAGAGUGCCAGGACUCCCAGAUUAUAUAAUUUGGCAACUGAAAGGUCAACAAGGUAAUAAAUGGGUCUUUGCCCAGGCACCCAUCUUACCAAAUAAGAAGAGUUAUCAGAUAGUAUUUGAGGGUGUACGAGGAGCUACAUAUACAGGAGAUAUAGCUAUAGAUGAUAUUAUCUUUACACAAUCAUCUUGUGGAUUAUUACCUGCGACAGCUAUUCCACCAACACAAACAACAAUGGUUCUUACAUCUCCUGCACCUACUGCACCAGCGGGUCCAUUUAACUGUACUUUUGAUCAAAAUCUCUGUGGUUGGCAGCAGGACAAAACAGAUAAAUUUGAUUGGAUACGACAUAAGGGAACUACUGGAACUGGUGCUACAGGACCACAGAAAGAUCAUACUUCAGGCAAUGGUUAUUAUGUGUAUAUUGAGACGUCAACACCUCGUGGAAAUGGUGAUAAAGCCAGAUUGAUCAGUCCAUCUAUAACUCCAGGUUCACACUGUCUACGAUUCUGGUACAAUAUGUUUGGAAACAAUGUAUACUAUCUCAAAGUGUAUUUAAUGACAGGACUUAGUCUUCCAGCUCCUACUUGGUUUAAAAAGGGAACACAGGGUUCAAAAUGGAAACAGGCAGUCAUUAAUAUCAAAAAUAUCAAAAACACAUUUAAUGUUGUAUUUGAGGGUAUAAGAGGAACUGGUUACCAUGGUGAUAUAGCUGUGGAUGAUGUUACUAUGUCAAAUGACGAAUGUGCAGAAAGGGUAAAUAAUGGACCAAUCACUAGCUGCUCCUUUGAGAGAAGUGAUAUUUGCGGAUUUUCUCAAUCUAGUUCUGACACAUUUGAUUGGUCACGAACAAGUCAAGGAACAUUAACAAAAGGAACAGGACCUUCAGCUGAUCACACAUAUGGCACUACAGCAGGAUAUUACAUGUAUACAGAAAGCUCUUACCCACGAAAAUCAGGUGAUAAAGCUCAACUCAGUUCCUUCCAGAUAUCAGCCCCUAAAACCUCAGAUAGCUGUGUAACAUUCUGGUAUCAUAUGUUUGGAGAUCAUAUCGGAACACUCAGUGCUUACAUAGUAAAAGGAGGGAAGAGAGGAAAUGCUGUAUGGUCUCAGAAAGGUGAUCAGGGAAAUCAGUGGAAUUUAGCAUCUAUAUCAGUACCUAAAGCUUCAGGACCAUAUCAGAUAAUGUUUGAAGGUAUCACAGGUCUUGGUAUCCGUGGUGAUAUGGCACUGGAUGAUUUUAAUGUUUCGUCAGUUUCAUGUACUAUACCAGGUAACUGUAACUUUGAAAAUGGAAUGUGUACAUGGACAAAUGACAAAAAAUCUGAUCAAUUUGAUUGGACAAUAGGAAAUGGACCAACUCAAACUAAAGGAACAGGACCUACUUCUGAUCACACCUUGAACAAUUCUAAAGGUAAAUAUAUCUAUAUAGAAGCCUCAAAUCCCCGUAAAAAUGGUGAUAAAGCCCGUCUGCUCAGUGAAGAUCUUCCUCGAUCAACAAAUACAUGUUUGAAAUUCUGGUACAACAUGAAUGGAGCCCAAGUAGGAACUCUACGAGUAUGGGUAGGAUUAAAAUCAUCAAAUAAUCCUAUGCCCAUUUGGGAAUUACAAGGAAAUAAGGGUGCCAAAUGGUUACAAGGACAGAUAAAAAUUCCUCCACAGACAGCAUCUUAUCAGGUUAUAUUUGAAGGAUCUAGAGGUACUAAUUGGGCCGGUGAUAUAGCUCUGGAUGAUAUCACAUUUGAUUCUACUAGUUCUUGUAACACCAUUCCACAAAGUUCACAUCCAUCUGUAACUCAGAAACCAUCAACACCUAUUCCAAAAACAACAACUGCACCUAAAGUAACAGUUAAAACUACACCAAAACCACCUGCAAAUAAAACUGAUGCUUUUGAUUGGAAGCGACAUAAAGGACCAACAACAACAUAUGGUACAGGACCAUCAGGUGAUCAUACAAAUGGAAGAUAUUAUAUGUACAUAGAAGCAUCAGCACCUAGACUUGUAUUUGAAGGAAUGGUAGGUAAAGGUGCUACAGGUGAUGUUGCUAUUGAUGAUAUUAUGAUUGAGGGUACAGUAGGAAACAGUGUGUAUGGUGAUAUAGCAUUAGAUGAUAUAACAUUCCAUUAUGGUAGUUGUUCUAUCAGUCCAUCUAAAGCUGUACCUCCUGGUAGGACAACACCUAAACCUACAACUACCAUGUCAACUACUCCUAGAGUUUUUACUUCACGUCAGACUCUACAACAAUUUUGUGAUUUUGAGAAUGCCACCUGUGGCUAUACACAGGAUAAAUCAGAUGACUUUGAUUGGACUAGAGGAAUGGGAGGUACUAGUUCAUCAGGAACAGGACCAACAAGUGAUCACACUUACGGCACUAAUAAAGGUCAUUAUAUGUAUAUUGAAACAUCACGACCCCGAAAGCAAGGAAAUAAAGCAAGAUUGUUUACAAAUCAACGACCAGCUUUAAAGGCUACAGCCUGUUUCCGUUUUUACUAUCAUAUGUAUGGUUCUCAUAUUGGUUCUCUUAAUUUACUGUUGAAGACAAAUAAUGUUUUAAGUAAUGCUAUAUGGACGGAAUCUGGUAAUCAUGGUGCAGCAUGGUCUCUGGGUAUGAUCACACUAAAAUCAUCCCAGCUGACAAAACCUUAUCAGGUUGUGUUUGAAGGUGUUGUAGGUAAUGGAUACCUGGGUGAUAUAGCUAUAGAUGAUAUCAGCGUUGUAGAUGGGGCUUGUGCAGAUCAAGGUGAAUGUGAUUUUGAGAAAGAUUUUUGUACAUGGAGAAACCAACAAGUAGGAGAUAAUUUUGAUUGGAUCAUAGGUCAAGGUCAGACAUCCUCCAGGACUACUGGACCCAUCACAGAUCAUACAGUACAAUCCCCUAAGGGACAUUAUGUUUAUAUCGAGGCUUCAUCCCCUAGGAAGAUUUAUGAUAAAGCAGUGCUAUUGAGUUCAUUAUACCCACCUACUAAAACACGAUGUCUCAACUUCUGGUACAGUAUGAAUGGUGCACAGAUUGGAAACUUAACUGUUUAUUUGGUGGCUAGCACUGGUCAGAAUGUAUCGCUAUGGCAACUUCAUGGUGACCAAGGUGACAAAUGGCAGAAUGGACAUGUUCCAGUUGUAUCACCAGUAAACUACAGGAUGGCGUUUGAAGGUGAACGAUCUACAGGAAUAGCAGGAGAUAUAGCCCUAGAUGAUGUCUCAUUUACGGAAUCAAACUGUGGAGCUACAGGAAAAUUUGAUUGUGAUUUUGAUAUUAAUUUAUGCACCUGGACACAAGACAAAACAGAUCAAUUUGAUUGGUUAAGAAAUCAUGGAUCAACACAAACACUUGGCACUGGUCCCACAUCUGAUCAUUCUGGUAAAAAUGGCUAUUAUAUGUAUAUCGAGACGUCUACGCCAAGGGUGAAAGGAGAUAAAGCACGACUUGUGAGUCCACAGGUAGAUGGAGGUACUCCAAGAUGUCUGAUAUUCUGGUUUUAUAUGUAUGGAACCCAUGUAGAUAAUCUUAAUGUUUACAUUAAAACACGGCCAAAUCUAGGUAAACCAGUCUUUAAUCGACAAGGAACAAAAGGACAAAAAUGGCACCAAGUUUUAGUAGAUGUUAAUGUCAAAACAUCAUAUCAGGUUGUAAUAGAAGCCAGUGUAGGUAAUGGUUAUAGAGGAGAUAUAGCUAUUGAUGAUGUUACUCUUGGUGAUGGAGCUUGUCAGGCAGUUGCUAAUGUUAAUGUAAGUGCAGGAAUAUCAUGUGAUUUUGAAGAUGCAAAGAUUUGUGGUUAUACCCAAUCGAAAGCUGAUAAAUUUGACUGGAGUAGAGAUAACGCUGGAACAUCUUCAGUUGCUACUGGACCAACUGCUGAUCAUACAUACGGCACAGCUGCUGGUCAUUACAUGUACAUAGAAACAUCAGCACCAAGAAAAACAGGUGACAACGCCCUUCUCAUCUCCUCCCCACAUACUGUUGGUGCAACUGAUGAAUGUUUAGAAUUCUGGUAUCAUAUGUACGGACGAACAACUGGAAAUCUCAAUGUUUAUAUACAAAAGGGAGGAAACUUAGGAUCUUUUUACUGGAGUGAAUCAGGUAAUCAAGGUAAUCUGUGGAAGCGAGCUGAGCUGAAGAUUAGUGCUGGAGUCGGUAAUAUAAAUAUAGUAUUUGAAGCUAAAAUGGGUGCACCUUAUUUUAGUGAUAUAGCUAUUGAUGAUGUUUCUAUCAAGGGAGGAACUUGUGGACAAUCAGGUGACUGUACUUUUGAAUCCAAUUUAUGUUCUUGGAGUAAUUCUCAAGCUGAUGAUUUUGAUUGGGUUCAGGGAAAGGGAUCAACAGGAUCAUCUGGUACAGGACCAGCAACUGAUCAUACAACUGGCACUGGUAAAGGAAUCUAUAUGUUUAUAGAAACAUCUGCUCCAAGAUCGACAGGUGAUACAGCCAUCUUGCAGAGUACAGAUUAUUCAUCUAGUGAUGUUUACUAUGGCUUUAACUGUGGUUUUGAGAGUGGAUUAUGUAAAUGGACUCAAGAUAAAACAACAGAUACUAAGAGAUAUGAUUGGUCGUUAAGGAAGGGAAAGACAACAUCUGCUGGAACUGGACCUGUAGGAGAUCAUACAUCUGGAAGUUAUGAAAUAAUGUUGAGUGUUUAUCUGUCUAAUGGAACUGUUGUUGGUUCACCAAUAUGGAUGAAGUCCAAAUCACAAGGUAACAGCUGGAAAGGAGCUUUUGUACAGAUAUCUGGUGGAUCACUUACAGCUACAAUGACUAAUGUUGUAUUUGAAGCUGUAAGAGGAACAAAUUACAAGGGUGAUAUAGCUAUAGAUGAUAUUUCCAUGACUCCAGGCUCCUGUUUGCAAGGAUCUCAGUCACCAAUAGAUUGUACUUUUGAACAGUUUGCUAAAUGCCACUAUGUACAGGAUAAACGGGAUACUUUUGAUUGGUCAGUAGGAUCGCAGGCAACAAGUUCAACUGGAACUGGUCCUAGAACUGAUCAUACUUUAGGAACUACUUCAGGUCAUUAUAUGUACAUUGAGGCAUCAGCUCCCAGAAAAUAUGGUGACAUUGCUAGAUUGACAACAGCACCUUUCCUUCCAUCUAACGGGAAAUGUUUGACCUUCUGGUAUCAUAUGCAUGGAAACACCAUGGGUGAUGUUUGA